AUGAACGGGAAGGAGCAGAAGGAAGCCCGCCGUGACCGCGACCGCGACUCGGGCCAUCGACCGUCGCCCCGGUUCUGGGGCCACCCGGGUCGCGACAUGAGCUCCCCGGAUGAGGUGUAUGUGUUGAGAAGGCGUGUCCGCCCAAAAGUCAGGGAGCGGGCCGGCGUUCGCAUAGCCGGCCCCGCAGUCCCGCCGGGGCCCGACCCAGGCCCCGAGCCUGGGGAGCCGCGGAGCGGCAAGGGCGGAGGCGGCUUGCCGGACCCCGAGGGCUUCCAGUCGAAGCGGGAGAUGCUGGAAGGGCGAGGGCCGGUGCUGUGGGGCCGCGAAGGCCGACCUGGCUCCCCACAUGAGCACACGAGGGACCUCCUGGACCUGAUCGAGGAGUCUGAGGCGGCCAAGGAGGCCAACCUGCAGCAGCUGACUGACCAGGACGUGCUGGGCGUCCGCAGGUACCCGGACCCCGAGGGCUUCCAGUCUGAGCGGGAGAUGCUGGAAGCGCGAGGGCCGGUGCUGUGGGGCCGCGAAGGCCGACCUGGCUCCCCACAUGAGCUCACGAGGGACCUCCUGGACCUGAUCGAGGAGUCUGAGGCGGCCAAGGAGGCCAACCUGCAGCAGCUGACCGACCAGGACGUGCUGGGCGUCCGCAGGUACCCGUCCCCGGAGAGGUCCACUGCCUUCAAAGAGGCCACUGGGUCGACACUGCGCCUCGAGGCGGGUCCCGGCGGUCGAGGAGCGCCCGGCCAGAGCUGUGGGGAGGCGUCGACGGCUCCAGCCGGCCCUCUCCACCUCGGUGGGCCUGAAGCGGGCCGGGCCUUGGGGAACCCUAAGAGAGGCACUAAGCGUAGGUUGAACGUGGCUGCGGAUCGCCAGCGGCGCUCCGCGGAAGGCCUGGCCUGGCUGCUGUCCGACUCCGAGUCCUCAGAUGAACUCAGUGAGACACAGCUGAUGACGGUGAGCACUUACCGCAGAGGAGGAGGCCAGGCCAAGCCCAGCAGACCCGAGGAUCCCGGGGACACUCCCAGACACUCGAAGUUCCAAGUCAGGGAGAAUUACCGUCACGUGACAGGCUCUUCCCUGUCCUCGGCUCCGCGAGGACUCUCUUCGGUUGUGGGAAGGCAGGGCGUGGGAGAGCAGGGCAUCUCUUCCCCUAAGAAAAUGCAGAGCGUGCUGUGGGGCAAGGGGGGCAGCAAGCCCAGCUACCCGGGAGCUGCUGCUGCUGCUGCUGCUGCUGCUGCUGCUGCUCCAGGUGGCCUGCCGCAGGUCACUCCUAGGAAGAACGGAGCCCAGGAGAAGAAAUCCGUCCGGGAAGCAUCCAAACUUGCCCUGGGGGGAACCUUCCGUUCCCGGCGGCAGCGAAUCUCGGCAACUCCCGUGGAACCGGCCACCUUCCCCCCAAUCUCUGGUAUUCCGCUGCCUGGGAGACCCAAGAGUUAUACCUUGGUCCUUUCGGGAACCAAACAGUCCAAGCACAGUGGCGCUGGGAAGAAAUCCGUGGUCAGCUGGGCAAGGGAGUCUGAGGCAGUGGCGGGAGAAGAUAAGGACCCAAAUAGAGACCCAGCCCCAAAGGGCCAAGUGACCGGGGGCCACUUGACCAUCCCUCAAGACCGGAAACGCAGCAGCAGCCACUGGGAACGCCCUGCUGUCCUUGGGUAA